UGACUUUCCCCACUGCCACGUUGACUCCACCCGCCCUCCCCCGCUCACCAGCGGUUCCAAGUUCCAACCCAACAAAUGCCUCUGCGGCCGAAUCCUUCCGCUCCGCUUCCCCCAUUCCGCCUUUCGUUGUCCCAAGUAGCGGCAGCGGCAAGGCAGGAAUCUCGGCCUUUGCUUGCGCGGCGGCCGCUUCAGCUCGCAGAAAUUGGUGACCUAUAGUAUAUAUGUUCAUUUUUGUACACAUAGAAGAGAGCCCUCACUCCUUCGGAAAAUGGCACUUCGAGUUUGAAAGUUAAAUAUGAUAGCCUUACCGUGGAAGGAGAUUAGCAUUGUAUAUGCAAUCUAAGACAACCUGAACAAAAUGGUCUCCAAUGGUAAUGAAAAUCUCAAAGCUGACAUUCAACAAGUAGAGUCAACAGCACUGGACAAUGUUCCUGGAGCAACAGGUGCCAACACUCUUUCCAAUCCAGGUGUUUCACGACAGGGAAAGAACUGGAGUGGGUUUAUGAACUUCUUGAAUAGCCUUUCUAGUGGCACCAGAUUAAGGAAGUUUGGUCCUUCCCCUUCAUUCAAGUUUCAACAGCUUGCACUUCAACGAGAGGAGUUCUCACGUUCUAUCCAUUCUGACAACCAUGAUAGUCGUGAGCACUUCCAAUUUAUCAGGAAGAUUAAUUGGGGCCAUCUGUGGGUGAUGUGCAAGAAUUGGAUAAAAGAGCCUAUGAACAUGGCUCUUUUUGUUUGGAUUGCUUGUGUUGCUGUAUCUGGUGCAAUUCUCUUUCUUGUUAUGACUGGAAUGCUUAAUCAUGCUUUGCCUAGCAAAGCACAAAGGGACACCUGGUUUGAAGUGAACAACCAAAUUUUGAAUGCAUUAUUCACACUCAUGUGCCUUUAUCAACAUCCAAAACGGAUCUACAACUUUGUGCUUCUGUGUCGAUGGGAACAAAAGGACAUUUUAAGGCUUAGGAAGAUAUAUUGCAAAAAUGGAGCAUAUAAGCCUAAUGAGUGGAUGCACAUGAUGGUGGUUGUAAUCCUUCUUAAUCUUAACUGCUUUGCUCAGUAUGCUCUGUGCGGUCUAAACCUAGGAUACCGCAGAUCUGAACGGCCUCCUAUUGGUGUUGGCCUGACCAUUUCUGUUGCAAUUGGGGCUGCAGCAUUCGCUGGUCUGUAUAAUAUUAUCAGCCCACUUGGGAAGGAUUAUGACUCAGAACGGACAGAUAUUGAUCAAGAAGCACAGAUUGAAGUCACCUCAACUGAGAGCAGCAAGCCAACAACUUCACAGUUUAAGUCAAUUGAGAGGAGAUAUUCUUUCAUUCAGAGUGACGAACGCCGUUUUGUGGAGAGCAGGCCCGAGUGGGUUGGCAGACUACUAGAUUUCUGGGACCAGAUAUCUCUUGCGUACUUGUCAAUUUUCUGCAGUUGCUGUGUUUUUGGCUGGAAUAUGCAGAGGCUUGGAUUUGGUAACAUGUAUGUCCAUAUCGCAACAUUUCUGCUCUUUUGCCUAGCUCCAUUCUUUAUCUUCAACCUGGCAGCUGUCAAUAUUAACAACGAAUCCCUUCGAGAGGCAUUGGGGCUCACUGGUCUUUUCCUAUGCUUUUUUGGUUUACUGUAUGGUGGCUUCUGGAGGAUACAGAUGAGGAAGAGGUUUAACCUGCCAGGAAAUAACUUCUGCUGCCGCAAUCCUGACGCAACGGAUUGUUUCCAGUGGUUGUUCUGCUGUUCAUGUUCUCUUGCUCAGGAGGUUAGAACUGCAGAUUAUUACGAUAUUGCAGAGGACAAGUCAUACACAAGGCAAGUAACCGAGGAAAGUCAGCGUAUAAUGUCCCCAUUGCCACGUGAAGAUGGUUUGCCUCUUUUCAAGUCAAAUCCAGGUUCGCCAUACAGGAGUGGCAAUGCUAGUCCGUCAAUCAUUAUUCUGGAGAGUCCAUCUGCUCCACGCAGGUCAUCUGGUUCUACUCCUCAGGGUGGUUCACCGACAUUUGGCGAUAGGGUGAUGAAGGCGCCGAUUCCAUCUGUUCUCCACAGAGAAGGUGAACCAGAUAAUUAACAUGGGGGCAAUCCAGUGAAGCAGUCACAUGUCCAAUGAGAUGAUAUGUAUAUUUUUUGCAAGGGAAAUAUACCACGUGCCUUCCAUCCGUGGCUGAAAUUUUCUGUGCAAUUACUUUUAAGGAAGGGAAAAUUAUGAAAAUACUAUCGCAAAAGAGCUUUGUUGCUAAA